UCAUGUCUGAGCCACAGAGAUGGGCAAGAUCGAGAACAACGAGAGGGUGAUCCUCAACGUCGGGGGCACCCGGCACGAAACCUACCGCAGCACCCUCAAGACCCUGCCCGGGACGCGCCUGGCGCUGCUGGCCUCCUCCGAGCCCCAGGGCGAUUGUCUGACCGACAAGCUGCAGCCCCUGCCCCCUCCCCUGACGCCGCUGACCCCCGGCCCCGGUGGUGGCGGAGGUGGCGGCGGCGGCUGCUUCGAGGGCGCGGGCAACUGCAGCUCCCAGGGCGGUAGCCACCUGCCCGGGGGCGGCCGCGAGUUCUUCUUCGAUCGGCACCCGGGUGUUUUCGCCUAUGUGCUCAACUACUACCGCACGGGUAAGCUACACUGCCCGGCCGACGUGUGCGGACCGCUCUUCGAGGAGGAGCUGGCCUUUUGGGGCAUCGACGAGACCGACGUGGAGCCCUGCUGCUGGAUGACCUACAGGCAGCACCGCGACGCCGAGGAGGCCCUGGACAUCUUCGAGACCCCGGACCUCAUCGGGGGCGACCCUGGCGACGAGGAGGACCUGGGGGCCAAGAGGCUGGGCAUCGAGGACGCGGCGGGGCUAGGCGGGCCCGACGGCAAGUCGGGCCGCUGGAGGAGGCUGCAGCCCCGCAUGUGGGCUCUUUUCGAGGACCCCUACUCAUCCCGAGCCGCCAGGUUCAUUGCUUUUGCUUCUUUAUUCUUCAUCUUGGUUUCCAUCACAACCUUUUGCCUGGAAACGCACGAAGCUUUCAAUAUUGUUAAAAACAAGACGGAACCCGUCACCAACGGUACAAGCGUUGUUCCACAGUAUGAAAUCGAGACGGAUCCUGCCUUGACCUAUGUGGAAGGAGUGUGUGUAGUGUGGUUUACUUUUGAAUUUUUAGUCCGUAUUGUUUUUUCACCCAAUAAACUUGAGUUCGUCAAAAACCUUUUGAAUAUCAUUGACUUUGUGGCCAUCCUCCCGUUCUACUUAGAGGUGGGGCUGAGUGGGCUCUCAUCUAAAGCUGCUAAGGAUGUACUUGGCUUCCUCAGGGUGGUAAGGUUUGUGAGGAUCCUGAGAAUCUUCAAGCUCACCCGCCAUUUCGUCGGUUUGAGGGUGCUCGGACACACUCUUCGAGCUAGUACUAAUGAAUUUUUGCUGCUGAUCAUCUUUCUGGCUCUAGGAGUUUUGAUAUUUGCUACCAUGAUCUACUACGCCGAGAGAGUAGGAGCUCAACCAAAUGACCCCUCGGCUAGUGAACACACACAAUUCAAGAACAUUCCCAUUGGGUUCUGGUGGGCUGUGGUGACCAUGACUACCCUGGGCUAUGGGGAUAUGUACCCCCAAACAUGGUCAGGGAUGCUGGUGGGAGCCCUGUGUGCUCUGGCUGGAGUGCUGACAAUAGCCAUGCCAGUGCCCGUGAUUGUCAACAAUUUUGGAAUGUACUACUCCUUGGCCAUGGCGAAGCAGAAACUUCCAAGAAAGAGAAAGAAGCACAUUCCUCCUGCCCCGCAGGCAAGCUCACCGACAUUUUGCAAGACCGAAUUGAAUACGGCCUACAAUAGCACACAGAGUGACACGUGUCUGGGCAAAGACAAUCGACUUCUGGAACAUAACAGAUCAGUGUUAUCAGGUGACGACAGUACAGGAAGUGAGCCGCCAUUAUCACCCCCAGAAAGGCUCCCCAUCAGACGCUCUAGUACCAGAGACAAAAACAGAAGAGGGGAAACAUGUUUCCUUCUGACGGCAGGUGAUUACACGUGCGCUUCUGAUGGAGGUAUCAGGAAAGGCUAUGAGAAAUCUCGAAGCUUAAACAACAUAGCGGGCUUGGCAGGCAAUGCGCUGAGGCUUUCUCCAGUCACAUCACCCUACAACUCUCCUUGUCCUCUGAGGCGCUCUCGAUCUCCCAUCCCAUCUAUCUUGUAA